AUGGGAAGAUUUUUAGUGCUUUGGCUGGAUGACCAGCAUCAACGGCGUAUCCCAGUGAGCCUGAUGGUGAUUCAGGAGCAGGCUAAAAGAUUGUUUGAGGCCUUAAAAAAAGAAAAGGGGGAAGGGAGUAAAAGUGAGGAGUUUGUGGCUAGUAAAGGUUGGUUGAUGCGUUUUAAGGUUCGUGCUAAUUUGCAUAAUCUUAAAGUGCACGGGGAAGCUGCUAGCGGUGAUGCGAAAGCAGCAGCCUCUGCCUACACGCAAAUUGCCAAGGAGGAGAAGACAGCAUCAGGCCAUCAAGCCAGCAAGGAGAGACUGACUCUGCUGCUUGGGGCGAAUGCUGCUGGUGACUUCAAGCUGAAGCCCUUGGUGUGUCUGGCCGAGAAUCCAAGGGCACCCAAGUGCAUAUGGAAGGGUCAACUACCUGUCAUCUGGAAAUCUAACAAGAAGGCCUGGGUGACACUUAGCGUAUUUGAGGACUGGUUCACCAACCAUUUUGUGCCAGAAGUGAAGGACUACUGUGCUUCCAGGGGGCUGCCCUUUAAGGUGUUGCUAGUGCUGGGCAGUGCCCCUGGUCACCCUGCCGAUCUGAAUGACUUUCAUCCAAAUGUCAAGGUGGUUUACCUUCCACCUAACACCACCUCCCUUUUACAGCCUAUGGACCAAGGUGUCAUUGCCUCUUUCAAGGCCUACUACCUCCGAAGGACAUUGGCUAUGGCUUUUAGGUUUGUGAAUGAUUUCCAUGGCUUUGAGGAUUCAGUUGAGGUUGUCAUCCAGAAUGUUGUUGAGUUGAGUAAGCAGCUUGAUUUGGAGGUGGAGGCUGAGGAUGUCACAGAGCUGCUGGCAUCUCAUGGAGAGGAGCUAUCUACCAAGGACCUCAUUCAACUGAAACAGCAGUUAAUUGAAGAGGAAGACACACCAACCCCAGAGCCCAAGAGAUUUACAAGCAAGGAACUGGCAGGGGCCUUUGCCAUGAUAGAGGAUGCCUUGGCAAGGUUUGAGGCUCAGGACCCCAACAUUGACAGGUUCACUAAGGUUGCCAGAGGGGUCAUGGGUAGCCUGCGGUGUUAUAAGGAGAUUUGGGAGGACAAGAAGAAGAUGGGGUAUUCAGCUAUUUGA